ACUAAGGAGAAUAAAAGAGAUCACGGGAACAGAGUGAUUUAGAUAGCGGUCAGCCAAAGGAAGCAGAUUGAUAGGUUGGGGGAGUGACAAAAAGGAGAGAUGGAGUUGCAGGAGGGGGUGAAGAGCGAAAGGGAAAGUGGAGCGCUGGGAAAAUUCAUGCUGUGUUAGCAUCCCUGAGCAACUCCAUCAAUACUGCAUACAGCUGAGUUACUGGCAAGAGUCCUGCUGCUGCAACCCCAACCUCCGCCGGAGAGAGAGAGCAAGAGAGCAGGAAGGUUUGUGGUGGGACUGUGCCUUGAUCUUGGGCUACUGCAGUAAAAGCGUGAGGAGGAGGCAGGAGAGGAGAGUGCUGCGCUCUGGAAUUCUCCACAGGAAAGAGGAAUAACACCAAUCCAGCUCCACAGAUAACAUCAGACCGGAUACCUAGUGAAAUUUCAGUGGGUUCCAUACCUCUGGCCUUAUGCAGAAAACUCUGAGCACACCUGAUUGAGACAGGACCAGGCUGUGUAUCAUGUAUAGUCGCUGAUCUCUGAGAUGGCCGUGUGGGCCCGACGGGCCAAAAUUUCCCCCCUGCAGCGCUGCCUUCACCUCCUCCAGGGCCAGCGGCUCACCCUGUGCUUCUGAUCUGCCCAGCCCCGCUAACACCCAUCCUGGGCUUCCCUCUCAUCGGGCCACCUGGCUUCACUCCGGGCCCACCAUGGGAGGAUGCCUCUCCAAACCCAAACCAGUAGAGGUCAAAGUUGAGCUCAAUCUUUUGGACAAAGAGAAGGAGGUGGACCUGAUGUCUCCCAAUGGAAAGGCCAGUCCGUUUUCAGAAUGCAGACCCAACGGAUCUCUGGGACACUGUUCCGACGAGGACAGCAUGACCCUGCGGCCGCAGCGUAAACACAGAGAUUACAUAGAGGCAUCAGUCUGCCACGUAAAAGACCUUGAGAAUGGACAAAUGCGUGAGGUGGAUUUGGGUGCAGGUCGUGCUCUGCUCAUUAAGGAACAUGGAGAAUUCUUUGCAAUGGGACACAAGUGCCCACAUUAUGGGGCUCCACUGGUCAAAGGUGUGCUAUCAAAAGGACAUGUGCGAUGUCCAUGGCAUGGGGCAUGUUUCAACAUCGCUACGGGUGAUAUUGAGGAUUUUCCUGGCCUAGACAGUUUGCCUACCUUCCAGGUCAGAGUCGAAAAGGAGAAGGUGAUAAUAAGAGCAAACAAGCAGGCCCUUCAGACUCAGCGGCGGUCAAAGGCCAUGUCAAAAUGUUCAGCUGUCAUCAAUUCCAGCACUGGAUUCAGCCACGUUCUGAUUAUUGGAUCAGGUCCUGCUGCUCUGGUGUGCGCUGAGACUCUGAGGCAGGAGGGUUUCACUGACCGCAUAGUGAUGUGCACCAUGGACAAACAUCUGCCUUACGACAGGCCUAAACUGAGUAAGUCUUUAGAGAGCACAGCUGAGCAGCUGCAGUUGCGCUCCUCUGACUUCUUUCAAGUGCACGACAUAGAGAUACUGUUAGAGAAAGAGGUUGUUUCUGUGGAUGUGAAGACACGAACUGUGAUAUUUCGGGAUGGUUUUAAAAUGGAGUAUCGAAAACUCUUCAUUGCCACAGGGAGCAGACCCAAACCUCUGAGCUACAAAGGCAAAGAUGUGGGAAAUGUGUAUCACCUCAGAACACCAGAGGAUGCAAACAGCAUCGCUACACUCGCCAGCAGUAAGAAUGCCGUCAUUGUGGGAACCUCGUUUAUUGGUAUGGAGGUGGCCGCAGCUCUCACAGAUAAAGCUCACUCUGUGUCUGUGAUCGGCAUAGAGGCUGUGCCAUUCCGUAAAGCUCUCGGAGAGAAAGUGGGGAAAGCCUUGAUGAAGCUGUUCGAGUUGAACAGGGUGAAGUUCUAUAUGUUGAACGAGGUGUGGGAGAUGCGAGGGCAUAAUGGACAGUUAAAAGAAGUGGUUCUAAAAAGUGGCAAAGUCUUAAGAGCUGACGUCUGUGUUAUUGGCAUAGGCUCAGGUCCAGCCACAGCAUUCCUGAAGCAGAGCGGAGUGCACAUGGACUCCAAAGGAUUCAUCCCAGUCAAUAAGACCAUGCAGACGAACAUCGAUGGGGUCUUCGCUGGGGGAGACGUGGUAACGUUUCCUCUAGCUCAACGCAGCAAUAAGAAGGUGAACAUACCCCACUGGCAGAUGGCUCAUGUACACGGUCGAGUGGCUGCACUUAGCAUGAUGGGAAAGGCCCCAGACAUUAAAACGGUGCCUUAUUUCUGGACAGCCAUGUUUGGGAAAAGCAUACGAUAUGCAGGUUAUGGAGAUGGCUUUGAUGAUGUCGUCAUUCAGGGAGAUUUGGAUGAGCUGAAAUUUGUGGCAUUCUACACAAAGAGUGAGGAGGUGGUAGCCGUGGCCAGUAUGAACUACGACCCCAUUGUGUCACGGGUUGCAGAAGUCUUUCGCUCAGGAAAGACGAUUAGGAAACGUGACGUGGAGACAGGAGACAUGUCAUGGCUGAUAGACAAAGGCUCACAGUGAGAAUGUGCACAUCAUGCUCUAUGAGUUUUCCUUGCCAAACUCAGACGAUCUCCUGUAACAGACAUAGUCUUAGUGCUGCAGCUGCAGUUGGUUAAGUGGGACACUAGAUGGGAGACAUAUGCUGUCCUAAACCGAGCACCUGGGCCGUGCCGAGGACGUCGUCCCCAUGAGGUGGAACCUCUCCAGGCCUGGAUCCGUUCACAGCGCUAACAAAUGAGCCAUACCUGGUUUUCACCCUCUGUACUAGACAGGACAGCUCUCUCUCUCACUUUUUCUCGUGGGUUGGUCGACUCGGACCUCUCUGCUUUUGCAUGAAGCAUCUGCCUGUACACAGUGUUCACAGGAGAGCCGUUAAGGGGAAUUGUCAUAUUUUAUUUUGUACAUGCGACUUUGUAUAUAGCUGUUACCUGAAGAUACAUUCAAAAAAUAAGACUGCACUUUUUCUACCGAACCUCUGCUACUGAUUAGCCUGGCUACGGGAACGAACAGAUCUGAUGUCUGGCUCUCGUCAAAAUAUGCGGCCCCACGCAGCUUUGCUUGCGGCAGUUUGUAGAGGUAGAGAGAGCAGAUGCAUGAAAAUUCAUAUGCAUAGGGCAUUAGUUUUCAUUAAGAAUUUCCCAAAGGAUUUUAAUGUGGUAUUAUUAUUCAGGGAAGGUGACAAGGUCCAUAUGUCAAUGUCUAUGAAUAUAAAUCAAAUAUAUGAUACAGUAUUAUCAUAUAUCACAAUUUAUGGGUGAAUAUCAUGAAAUCAUAAUCAAAAGAAAUGAAAAAAAAGAAAAAGAAACUUAAAAGAAAAGGAAGUUUAUUUUUAGGGCCAUUACCUUUUAGGUCAUAUAUAUAUAUCACACACACACACACACACUGUUUUGCAUAUAUUUCAUUAAUGAGAAUUUGGAGGGAUAUAUACAUUUUAUAUAUAUAUAUAUGUGUAUAUGUAUACACACACACACACACACACACACAUUAUAUAUAUAUAUAUAUAUAUAUAUAUAUACACACACACUGUUUUACAUAUAUUUCAUUAAUGAGAAUUUGGAGGGAUAUAUGAUACAAUAUGUGUGUAUGCAUGUGUGUGUGUGUAUAUAUAUAUAUAUAUCUAUACACACACACAUAUAUAGUUUUUGGCAUUAUUUUCAUGAGAAUUAAGCACAUUUCCCCCCAAAGUCUCAUCACUGCAAUGUAUAAUUUAUUACUAUAAUAUUCAUUUUCUUAAACUUUUCUUUUUCAGACAUUUUCUUUAUGCAAAAUGUAAUUUUGUCAUUUCAAAACUUAAAUGAUAGAUAAAUAAUAUGACUUUGUGGUGAACUAUGACCUGGACAUGUUAUUGACAGGCUUCAUGAAUUGUUAAACCUAUCUUUUAUUCAAUGCUACCAGCCAUUAAGCAUUUCAAGUUCAAAUUUAUAGUAAAAUCUCCAUGGCAAUAAAGUGAUGCUGUCAUUUUGAAUGUUCUCGCCCCAAACUGAAGCAUGAGCCCGUGCACCAGGACUGGCCUGAAACACUUGCUGACCUUUAACAAUGACAAUAUACCUCUUGCUCAUGGGAACCGUGGUUGCCCUGCUAGUAAAUUGCACAAGAUGACAAAUAUUUAAAGCUAUAACUUUAUCUAUAGAAAUGCUCGUAUUAUAAGAGUCGAGGCUUGUAUUUUUUGACUAAUCGUAAAAUGAUUUAUUGAUGACAGACUGAUUGAUUGUUGAUUGUAUUUUUAGAUUGUGCGCAAUAAUAACAAAUGCUUUUCUUGUAGCUCUGACCUCCUAUAGCUUUUCUUUGGUACUAACUCAGGGAUUGGAGGUUUCAGUCAUAUGGGACAGGUUCUGGUUGAAUACAAAAUGAUGAAUAAAUUUGUUGCUAUAACA